UGCUGAGGAGGGAGUGUACACGGGCGAGAGACACUAAAACAGGGCAGCCGCAUUCUGUCAGACGGACGGACGGACAGAGGACAGAAUGCUGGGCCCGUUGUGUCUGUUGUGCGUUACUGCCUGCAGCGUGCUGAACGCUAAGUCCCUCCCAGCAGCGCGUCCAGGGGGGCGUGGCUUGGAGGGCCAGGGGGCGGCGGCCAGGCGACUCCGUAGAGAUUUGCGGGACCUGCUGCCAAACGAAGCAGAGAUGAUGUCAUAUCCUGUGCAGCGAGGAGACGCUGACUACCAGCAAACUGAGUGGAGGAGGAGCUUAGAUGACGCCCUGCAGCGAUUGGUGGAGAGCAACCAGAGGAGGGAACAAGAGCAGGAAGGAGCUGCCUACAUGGCCGCUAUGCUCCGCCUCAUGUCAGAGGCAGAAGGUGCGGGAUUGGUCAACCCAGGAGACAUGGACGUGAUGGACGUGGUGGAGGAGGAGGAGGAGGAGGGGGGGCCCUUCCAACGACUGGCAACCCAGGACUAUGACGACACCGGCAGGGGCAUGAGUCCAGGAAACUCCCAGGCUGCCAGCUGGGCCCUGCUGGAGAGAAUGGACCCUCGCCUGGCCAGGACUUUGCUGGAGCGGUCCAGACAGAACCAGCUGGACCAGCGAGACCCCAGACCCAGACCGCCGUCCCCCCGGGGGGGCGACCCGGACCUGCUGAGAUACCUGGUUGCUAGGAUACUGGGCAGUAUGGCCCCUGCAAAGUCCCGCUCCAGACGGGACGUCGCGGCACCAAGACCUGUCAGCCCCGCCCACACCAGGUCCCGCCGUUCCCUUGACAACGCGUCUCCCCCGUUGCCUAGCAGCGACUCCCCCCUGCUCAGGGUGAAGAGGCUGAGGCUGGAGGGGGAGGAGGAGGACGGAGGGAGAGGAGGAGAGGGGCCGGAUACCAUAGCAACCGCCCAGGAGGAGGAGGGGAGUCGUCGCCGGAGACGGAGGGCGGCGGUGACCUUUAACCCCAGAGUCCUGGCCCAGCAGCUGCUGCAGGUCCUACAGGAGUAGG